CUGCCAUGGCCGCACAGCAGUUGCGUUAUCGUUAAAGUCAUGCAGAUGAAUUCAUGAAAAAUGUAUUAAAUCAUCACAUAAUUUACAAAAAGCGGACUGAAUACUACAGGACAGCAUGGGAAAGAAAGAUAAAAGUGAUCGAGAGAGAAAGUCCAAGAAGCGUCAUUACGAUGAGGAAGAAGAGGACGAAGAGGUGACGGGCAGUGAGUCUCAGGAGGCCGUCCCUGCAGCUGCUGGGAAACAGGUGGAUGAAUCCAGCACUAAACUGGACGAGUAUGGAGCCAAAGACUACAGAAUACAGAUGAUCCUGAAGAACGACCACUCUGCACGACCGCUAUGGGUGGCUCCUGAUGGUCAUAUCUUCCUGGAGGCUUUCUCUCCUGUGUAUAAAUACGCUCAGGACUUCCUGGUGGCCAUUGCAGAGCCGGUGUGCAGACCCAUACAUGUACACGAGUACAAGCUGACGGCAUAUUCUCUGUACGCCGCUGUGAGCGUCGGUCUGCAGACCUCUGACAUCAUAGAGUACCUGCAGAAACUCAGCAAGACCUCUGUGCCAGAUGGAAUUGUGCAGUUUAUUAAGUUGUGCACAGUGAGCUAUGGUAAAGUCAAACUGGUCCUGAAACACAACAGGUACUUUGUUGAGAGUACUUUCCCUGAUGUCAUUCAGAGGCUAUUACAGGACUCAGUGAUUCGAGACUGUCGUCUUCGGUCAGCUGUGGGGCAGGAGACUGAGCUCAUCACUGAGGUCAUCUCCAGCAAAUCAGCUAUCUCAAAGUUUCAGCAGGAUAACGGAGGUCCAUCCACCUCUCAGCCUGCAGAUGGGCAGCACUCAGGAACUCAAGUGCCUGAGGACAUCUUCAGUUACUAUGAACAGAUGGAUAAAGAGGAGGAAGAAGAGGAAGAGACACAGACAGUGUCAUUUGAGAUCCGUCAGGAAAUGAUUGAGGAGCUUCAGAAACGCUGCAUUCAGUUAGAGUACCCACUCCUUGCGGAGUAUGACUUCCGUAAUGACACGGUGAACCCCGACAUCAACAUGGACCUGAAGCCCACCGCUGUACUAAGACCCUAUCAGGAGAAGAGUUUGAGAAAAAUGUUUGGGAACGGCAGAGCUCGAUCUGGAGUCAUUGUGCUGCCUUGUGGAGCUGGUAAGUCACUGGUGGGCGUAACUGCUGCAUGUACAGUUCGUAAGCGCUGCCUGGUGCUGGGAAACUCCUCCGUAUCAGUGGAACAGUGGAAGGCUCAGUUUAAGAUGUGGUCCACCAUUGAUGACUCCCAGAUCUGUCGCUUCACUUCCGAUGCGAAGGACAAGCCCAUCGGCUGCUCGGUGGCCAUCAGCACAUACUCCAUGCUGGGUCACACUACCAAACGCUCAUGGGAGGCUGAAAGGGUCAUGGAAUGGAUGAAAAGUCAGGAGUGGGGGCUCAUUAUACUGGACGAGGUGCACACUAUUCCAGCAAAAAUGUUUCGUCGUGUUCUGACAAUAGUCCAGGCUCACUGUAAACUGGGUCUGACUGCCACACUAGUGAGAGAGGACGAUAAGAUUGUCGAUCUUAACUUCCUGAUUGGGCCGAAGCUGUUUGAGGCAAACUGGAUGGAACUGCAGAACAAUGGUUACAUUGCUAAAGUCCAGUGUGCUGAGGUGUGGUGUCCCAUGUCUCCUGAGUUUUAUCGUGAAUACGUGGCCAUAAAGACAAAAAAGAGGAUUCUGCUCUACACCAUGAACCCCAACAAGUUCCGUGCAUGUCAGUUCCUGAUCCGCUUCCACGAGAGAAGAAACGACAAGAUCAUGGUCUUCGCCGACAACGUCUUCGCUCUGAAAGAAUACGCCAUUCGCCUGAACAAACCGUAUAUUUAUGGACCCACAUCACAAGGAGAACGUAUGCAGAUCCUUCAAAACUUCAAACACAAUCCCAAAAUCAACACCAUCUUCAUCUCCAAGGUAGGAGACACUUCAUUUGACCUGCCUGAGGCAAACGUACUGAUUCAGAUCUCUUCUCAUGGUGGUUCUCGCCGUCAGGAAGCUCAGAGACUGGGCAGAGUGCUGCGAGCCAAAAAAGGUAUGGUCGCAGAGGAAUACAACGCUUACUUCUAUUCACUUGUCUCUCAAGACACACAGGAAAUGGCAUAUUCCACCAAGAGACAGCGCUUCCUGGUGGACCAGGGCUACAGUUUCAAGGUGAUCACAAAAUUGGCUGGGAUGGAGGAGGAAGACCUAAUGUUCUCCUCUCGAGAUGAACAGCAGCAGCUCUUGCAGAAGGUUCUUGCAGCAUCAGAUAUCGAUGCAGAAGAAGAAGUUGUGAUAGGAGAGAUUGGAGGGAAAACACAGUUUUCUCGUCGUAUGGGAACUAUGAGCUCCAUGUCUGGCGCAGAUGAUACAGUCUACAUGGAAUACCAGAUGUCCCGUGGAAGCAAGUCUUCAGCCUGCAAGAAUAUCCACCCUCUUUUUAAACGUUUCCGCAAGUAAAGACAUUCACAGCCCGGCUGCAGCAUUAAAGGGACAUGUUGAGCCAGAGGGGUGUAAGUGGACACAUCUUAAUCAGGUUGGCCAACAUAAUGAUACAAGAUGGUUCAUGGCUGCUUGUGUUUGACAGAGCCAAUUAAGGGGAUAGUACACCCAAAUAUGAAAAUUCUCUCAUCAUUUACUCACCCUCAUGCCUUCCCAGUUGUGUAUGACUUUCUUUCUUCAGCAGAACACAAAGGAAAAGAUUUUUUGAAGAAUAUUUCAGCUCUGUAGGUCCAUCCAAUGCAAGUGAAUGGUGAUCAGACAUUAUGUAGCUCCAAAAAUCACAUAAAGGAAAAAGUAAUCUAUACGACUCCAGUGGUUAAAUCUACGUAUUCUGAAGCAAUAUGAUAGGUGUGCAUGAGAAACAGAACAACAUUUUCAGAUGUAAAAGUGAAAGUGGAGAUUUAGAGUACAAAAUAACUUACAUUUUGAACUGUAUCUCACCCACACCUAUUAUAUUGCUUCUGAAGACAUGGAUUUAACCACUGGGGUCUUAUGGAUUACUUAUAUGUUUCCUUUAUGUGAGUUUUGGAGCUACAAAUGUCUGAUCACCAUUCACUUGCUUUGUGAAGAGUCAGCCGAAGAAAGAAAGUCAAACACGUCUGGGAUGGCAUGAGGGAGAGUAAAUGAUGAGAGAAUUUUCAUUUUUGGGUGAACUGUCCCUUUAAAGACUGUCAGAAAAAGAUUCAGAAUGAUUCAAGAGUCUAAUAUAAUCAAUAUUACAAACAGGAUGUUUGAAUUUGUUCAAUGAAAUAGAAUUGUAAAGAACUUUAAUUUUGUAAGUUAAAAGCCAAACAUAACCCUGCCUUUGAAAUGUAACAGGAAGCUUUUAUCAACUUAAACUUUGGUAACACUUUAGUAAGGUAAAUGUUAAUUUUUAUAUAAAAAGUUCAUUUUUUUUUGUGUUAGAGCGCAUUGUAUUGCUAACGUGUACCACUUACAGGGUUAAAAAUAUUUGAGUAAAUGUAGAAAUUAACAUUAAGAAAGAUUAACAAAUGCUGUAUAAGUAUUGUUCAUUGUUAUUUGAUUUAAAUUAUUGUGUUAGUACAACCUUAUAAUAAAUUGUUUACCACACUUUUAUUUACA